AUAUUCGAUGUAUGGUGGUAUUAGAAGAUCGAAAAAUGUACUUAUAUUAUUAUCAAAAUAUAAAAAUAAACGAGUAAUUAGGUGCCUAUAUCAAGUUUUAAAAUAUAAGAAGAAAAAUGCUAUAAAGUGCCUUAAAAUUUAUUGUAAACAGGAAAUAGGUGAUUUUAUUUAUUCAUCUAAAUUGACAAUUGUGAGCAUAUUUUAUACCAGGCGAACUAAAUCAAAAGAAAGACUAGCAGUAUUCUACCUAGGCAAGGAGCAAAUUCAAUAUGUUAAAUACGAAAAAAAUUAGUAAAAUAUUAGUACCAUCUUAUUAUUAUUUAAAAACUUCAUUUGUUUCCAAGAUAACCCGGUCUUAUCAGAAUGUUAAUAGAACCAAAGAUCUAAUAAAUACUAUGUAUUAUCUAAAGAGAGCUGUUAAAUAUCAAAAUUUUGGAUCCAAGUUAAAAAUAUUUUUUAGUAGCUGCUACGCCAACAAUACAUACACUUUAUUAUGGCCCCUCACAAAAUGCAAAAAGGAUGUGCUUAACGAAAAACGUGGAAUUCAUUUAAGUACAACAUUUUUUAAGCGUAGAACAUCAAAAGUAGAAGAGUCAGACAAAUUAAAAAUGAAAGAACAAAAUGAAAAGAUUUCUAUCAGUGAUGCUGAAUUGUUAGACGAAGCUCUAGUUGUUAUUACAAGAAAUAAAAAAUUUAGGGAAGACAUCGAAGACCUUAAAAAAAAGUUGGAAGUGGUAAAUGAUCAUACCCACAAUAUCAGCAAAAAUAAAGUAACAAGUUUUCUUCAUAAAAAAUUAAAUAAAAUUGUCGGGCAAUUAGAUAAAGAACUUAAUGACUUAGAAACGAAAAUUAAUAAAAAAGAAAAAGUUUUUUGCGAGGCUGAACUUAAAGUAGAAGAAAAAUUUGAAAUUGGUUUUUCAAAUAAAACUGAAAAAGAUAUGAUAAAGAUUAGUGAAAUAAUCAAAACUGUAAAAAAUUUGCAAAAAGGAUAUGACGAGGUCAAGUUAAAAAAAGUUGAAAAUCUUCUUCGGAAAAUUGAUACAAACCAAAAUGAUUUAGUUUCAGUUAAAGAUGUUUUAAUAAUUAUUGAAGCAAUUAUUGCAAAUAAUGUAAAAUUACAUAAGAAAUAAGUAAGAAAAAUAACGAAUAGAAAUGAACCGGAAGACUUUUUAAAUUCAUGAAAGUACUGUAAAACCGUGAGUAAUAAUAAAUAAAUUAAGAUCCCAAAUUAAAACAGUUUGACAUAAGUGAAUUUAAAUGGAUAUUGUAAAAUAAACAAUUUGCAACCGCUUCCAAAAAUAACAUAAAAGCUGUAUGAAAGAGAUGUAGGAACGAAGAUUUGGGUUUUUUUUAUUUUUGGUACCUACUCUUUUGGUGAUCAUUGUGUAGUAGCAAAGUUAAACGAAAUUUCGUGGAAGUAUGAUUUUGAAAAAAAAUUGUAUUUUAGAUUGAGUUUCAUUUUUGCAGAUCGUCAAAAUAAUCGAGAAAUACCAAAAAGGCAAAAGAAGCCGAAUUCUACAAAUUUUAAAUAAUUAAAAUAGAAACAAGUGAGAAUCAGAAUGAAACUAAUCUUUGCAUGCACAAAUUAAAUAUAAGUCAAUAUUUUUUAAAAAAUUUUAAAAAUGAGAACAUCAAAUAUUUAACGGUGCACAUGUGAAAUAGAAUAAAAAUUUAACUAAAUGAAAA